CUAACAUAAAUAGCACUGCCUUUAUUUCGUGGUUUGAUUGUGACUGCAUUCCACUAGAAGCUACAAGAUGAGGAUUAAAUCUACUGUAUUGUUCAUGUGUUUCAUUACCGUUGCAAUUAACACGCUUUCGUGUGUUAUUUGCAUGGAUCCUGAGGAGGAAUGGACUAUGGUUAGACAAAUGGGGUUCACGGGAUUCAAAAUUAAUCGGAUCCAAAAGUUCAAAGACGAAGACACUCAAACCUAUACUGCCAUUAUCGAAGCUUCAAAAGGGACGGUUAUGGACCUGCAUGAAUCGAAAACCGAUAUUCAUUACAAAGCUUUACGAAACACUUCAGAUUGGAAACAAUUGUCCAUGGGCGAUGACGUAUCCCCUGCUCUUUACGAAGCAAAAAUAACAACCGGGGCUUCGGAACUCUUCCUGCCACCGGUUAUGUUGACGUUUGGGUCACAAAGCCUUGAUAUCGACUUCGAUCCUUUUGUACAAAGUGUUCAACAAAAUGACUUCAAAUUCAACGAUUGUCAGUUUCAAGUGGAAAGAAGGGACGCUCCAGGGUCGACCACAUACAAGAUAACUGUCAGAGGGUGUGUGUGUAGGCGGUCUUAUUCGGCUUCUGUUGGGAAACAAACAUCUUCCGGAUUUGAGGAAACCGCGGGCUUAUCGGCAUCGUAUUUCUUUCCUAUGCAUAUCUUUAAGGGAUCAUACAGGAAUGACCAAACGUCGUCAAUAUUUAUAAACCGUACUGCACUUGCGCAGGAUGGCGUACAAAUCCGGUCACUGAAAUUCCUGAUCAUUAGAGAGCCAGAUAAUUUCUUGUCCGAUCUUCUUAUGAAAUCUUCCUUUGGAUACAUAUUGACAUAGGCUGUCAAUAGGAUAAAGAGAUUGGCAUGAAAUAUUCAAAUAUUCAAUUUUGACUUUAAUAACGUUAACUGCCAGAUUGGUUGUGAUAAACAAUAUAAAGAAAAAAGGUUAAAUCAAUAUUUGAUUGUUUCUGAAAUCAUCAGUAAAUGGCAAGAAAAAGUU